GCAUGCGCAUUCUCUGUUCGGCGGGCAGACCGAGGGUGCGCAAAAGCUGCAGUAGCAUGGAGGGACGUGACAGUAAAGAGCCAGAGCAGCUCAGGAAGCUGUUUAUCGGUGGCCUCAGUUUUGAGACCACAGAGGACAGUUUGCGCGCUCACUUUGAGCAAUGGGGUAAACUCACUGACUGCGUGGUAAUGAGAGAUCCAGGUAACAAACGCUCACGUGGUUUCGGUUUUGUGACGUACUCUUGCGUAUCAGAAGUGGAUGCGGCAAUGGCAGCACGACCACACAAAGUGGACGGUCGCGUGGUUGAGCCCAAGCGUGCCGUUUCCCGAGAGGACUCUAAUAAACCUGGAGCACAUCUGACAGUGAAGAAGAUAUUUGUUGGUGGAAUUAAGGAGGACACAGAAGAAUAUCAUGUCAGAGAGUACUUUGAGCGGUAUGGGAAAAUCGAGAGCAUCGAUAUAAUGGAGGAGCGUCCAACUGGGAAAAAGAGAGGAUUCUGUUUCGUCACCUUUGAUGAUCAUGAUACUGUGGAUAAAAUUGUCGUACAAAAAUAUCACACAAUCAACUCCCAUAACUGUGAAGUGAGGAAGGCUCUUCCUAAACAGGAAAUGCAGGCAGCUUCUAACCAGAGAUAUCGCGGUGGAGGUGGGGGCAAUUUUAUGGGCAGAGGUGGAAACUUCGGAGGUGGCAACUUUGGCAGAGGGGGGUACGGAGGAGGCCGGGGUGGCUACGGAGGAGAUGGAUACAAUGGAUUUGGUGGUAACUGUGGUGGGGGUCCUGGCUAUGGCGGUGGUCGUGGGGGAUAUGGUGGAGGUCCUGGAUAUGGUAACCAAGGCGGAGGGGGCUUUGGAGGAUAUGAUAACUACAAUGAUGGAGGAAAUUUUGGUGGUAACUUUGGUGGUGGUGGAGGCGGGGGAGGAGGUGGAAAUUACAAUGACUUUGGGAAUUAUGGAGGGCAGCAGUCCAACUACGGCCCCAUGAAGGGAAACAACUUUGGAGGAAGGAACUCAGGACCUUAUGGAGGUGGCUAUGGCUCUGGUGGUGGAGGCGGGGGCUUUGGGUCCAGACGAUAUUAACGUGUUUUUGUCUGUGGCUUCAGAUCCACAGUUAGAUGGAGAGAUGAGAGGAAAGAUUACUGAGAGAAAGUGGGAGGGGCCAAGAUCUGCCAGUUAUAGCUCUUACUGCAGCAGACUUUAAUAUUAGCUGCGAGAGAGUGUAGCCAGACACUCCAGAACUAGUGUGUGUUAGUGUAUGCACAUUCCUUUGAUAUUCUUCUUUAGCCAUUCAUAUUUUCUUUGUGCUUUCCACACACCCCAAACCCCCCUGUGAUUUUUGUGAGCGUUGUUUGAGAGUAAAAGAAAGCUAUUAUGUUAUCAAACACUGUAUCAAGAGCAGUCUUAAAUAAUUUGUUUGAGUUUCAGAUGUUGUGGCCUUCAGUAUUAUUUGGAGAGAAAAAAGGACAUGUUGGUUUUUAUUUUUGAUUUGAUGACAGUGAUGUCAUGUCAGUGUUUCGUGUAUUUUGAUAUAUUGUGAGUAUACAGUGCCUGUGCUGUUUCUCCUGAGAUGUAUGAACCAUUGAAUGAAAAACAGAGUAGACUUUAUCAGAUCUGAGGGCAUGUAACACAUUAAACCUGUAAAGAUAGAAGUUUAGAUUGUUUAACUAUUUUGACAAAUGAAAAAAGAAACCAGCUGAAAUAAAGUUGUGUAGUAACUUGUCUAACCAAGUUUAGUGCGUCAUUGAGUCUGAAAGAGAGUGCAGCUGUUCUGAGCGUAUGUUGUUGUGUAUGAGAUUAGAGAGACCUCAAGGCCUAGAUAGGGCUGGGCGAUAUAUUAAUAUUCACAAUAUAUUCCUGAUGAUUUUGCUGGCGAUAAAAAAGUAAACAACAUAGUGAAUGUCACAAUGGUUUUGAUGCUCUUUAUUUUGCCAUUACGUUUACUAAAGGCAGUGCCUUUAGACAAGAUUCCUUGUUGUCUUGGGCGAUGUAUUGCACAAUGUACUAUUAAUGAUUUUUCUGGAGGUACAAAAUUAAGCAACAUUGUGAACAUCACAAUUAUUUUUAAGUGAUUUGUAUUUGGCCAUGCCUUUUACACUAGUUUUGUAGUUCCUCAUAUCUCAAACGGCGAUGUUCAGACUUAGGUAGCAAAAAGAGCACUCCAGUUUAUAAGUUCGAUUCAUUUCUGUGAAUCAGUUUCCACAAAUCAAUUCAAAGCUCUGAUUUAACAGUUUGUUUGUGCCAUCACCAAAAACGUACACUGUAGUUUCAAAUGUCACAUUGUCAUUUAUCAACAAAAAUAUCAAAAUGUAGUUGCACAGGCAGGAAAAAUGGCAGCAAAAUGUGACCAUUUAGUCACAGUCUGGAGCCCUGAAAUUUGAUUAAUUUAAUGAAACAGUUAACUCUGAUUCAACUAUGUUUGCGUCACCACUCAAAUGUUGACUGAAGUCUCUGUUGUGGCAUUUCUGUACGUUAAAAUGUUUUUUUUUAUUAUUAUCAUGCAUUAUUAAAUUGGUGCAUAUAAUUAAAAUUAUCAAAACAUAUAUAUUUUAUUAUAAUUAAAAAUAAUAAUAUGCUUAGUGACUCCAGUCAGGCUUCCCCGGUUGCUAGGGUGGGUAGAGUCACAUUGCGUUAACCUCCUCGUGGUCGCUAUAAUGUGGUUCUCGCUCUCAGUGGGGUGCAUGGUGAGUUGUGCGUGGAUGCUGCGGAGAAUAGUGUGAGCCUUCACACGUGCUAGGUCUCUGCGGUAACGCUCACUAAGCCAUAUGAUAAGAUACGUGGAUUGACGGUCUCAGACGUGGAGGCAACUGAGAUUCAUCCUCCACCACCCGGAUUGAGGCGAGUCACUACGCCACCAUGAGCACAUUGGGAAUUGGGCAUGCCAAAUUGGGGAGAAACCCCCCCCUCAAUAUUUUAAUAUAUAAUGUAUAUUAAAUAUGACUUUUUAUUAUUUUCAAUAAAAAUUUGAAAAUUCGUCGAAUGUGAGAUAAAAAAAAAUGCACAUUCAAUGCCAAGCACUGACAAUGACUUACAUUCUUGGACUAAAACAGAUGCAAUGCAACAAAUAAAACAGAACAUGGGUUACAAAUGCUCAAUUUCCUUUUAAAUUGAUACAGAGUCUGAAAAAAUGCAUCGUUUCUUCAUCAGACUCUGGGGGAAAAAAAAAAACACGAGACACGGCGCUCCAUCUAGUGCAUGUUUACAUAGAAAAACACGGAUGUGUUCAGAGUGAAUGCGCCCCAUGAUAAUGUUAAGUGGUCCUGUGUGAAAGUAUUUGCCCCCUUAGUUAUUAAAUUCCCAAAUCUAUGAAACUGCAUUCAUAAUAGGGUUUAGCUGGACUAGACACACCCAGGCCUGAUUACUGCCAGCGCUGUUCAAUCAAAUCAGCACCUAAAUAUAACUUUUUCAGCAACGUGAAGUUGGCUAAAAUGUCUCACCCAGUAGCACACAAUGCCAAAGUCGAAAGAAAUUCCAGAAAUGAUGAGGGAAAAAGGUUACAGCAGUCUGGGAAGGGUUACAAAGCUAUUUCAAAGUCUCUGGGACUCCAAAGAACCACAGUGAGAGCCAAUAGCUCCAAAUGCAGAAAACUUGGCACAGUAGUGAACCUUCCCAGAAGUGGCUGACCUUGCAAAAUUCCUCCAAGAGCACAGCAACAACUCAUCCAGGAAGUCACAAAAAUGCAAAGGACAACAUCCAAGGAACUGCAGGCCUCUCUCGCAUCAGUAAAGGUCACUGUUCAUGACUCCACUAUCAGAAAGUCACUGGCCAAAAAUGGCAUCCAUGGAAGCAUGGCGAGGUGAAAACCACUGCUAACCCAGAAGAACAUUAAAGCUCAUCUGAAUUUUGCCAAAACACACCUUGAUGAUCCUCAAACCUUUUGGGAGAAUGUUCUGUGGACUGAUGAGUCAAAAGUGGAACUGUUUGGAAGACUGGUGUCCCGUUACAUCGGGUGUAAAUCAAACACAGAAUUCCACAAAAGAACAUCAUACCUACGGUCAAGCAUGGUGGUGCAAGUGUGACGGUGUGGGGAUGCUUUGCUGCUUCAGGGCCAGGGCGACUUGUAAUAAUUGAGGGAAUCAUGAAUUCUGCUCUCUACCAGAAAAUCCUAAAGGAGAACCUCCGGUCAUCAAUCCAUGAGUUGAAGCUCAAGCGCAACUGGAUUAUGCAGCAAGACAAUGAUCCAAAGCAUAGUAGUAAGUCCACCUCUGAAUGGCUCAAAAGAAGCUAAAUUAAAGAUUUGGAGUGGCCUAGUCAAAGUCCUGACUUGAACCUGAUUGAGAUGCUGUGGCGGGAAAUUAAACAGGCAGUUCAUGCUCAAAAACUCUCCAAUGUGGCUGAACUAAAGCAGUUCUGCAAAGAAGAGUGGGCCAAAAUUCCCGUACAUCAUUGUGAAAGAAUGAUCUCCAGUUAUCUGAAUCAUUUGUUUGCAGUUGUUGCUGCUAAAGGUGGCACAACCAGCUAUUAAGUUUAAGGGGGCAGUUAGUUUUUCACAUGGGUGAAAUAAACUCAGCAAAAAAAAAAAAAAGAAACAUCCUCUCACUUUCAACUGCUUUUAUUUUCAGCAAA